AUGGGUAUUUCUAAGAGAGAAAAAGAAUUAUUAAAUGUUACAGAAAAAUUAAAAAAAGAAAAUCAAGAAUUAAAAUCAAAACUUUCAACAAGAGAAAAAUUAAAUAAAAAAAACAAUAAUAAUAAAGAGAUUAUCAUAGAAGAAGAGGUUGAAAAUGAAAAUGAAAACGAAAAUGGUAGUCAAAAUAUGGAUUGUGGUUUAGAAAAAGAAAAAGAUAUAGAUACAAUAAUGAAAGAAUUAGAAACUAAAAAAUAUAAAACAAUAGCAAAAAUCGCAAAAACAAAGUAUGGUGUUCAACAAUUGGGUGGUAAAAAAUUAGAUAUUUUAGAAAGAAUUAGAGAAUCUAUUAAAUUGAAAACAACAACAACAACAACAACAACAACAACAACAACAACAACAACAACAACAGAGAAGAAUCAACAACAACAACAACAACAACAAAAACAACAACUAAUACCAAUGAGUGGUGGUGAAAGAUUAUUUUGGAAAAUUUUUAGAAAUAAAUAUUUAAAUAGACAAAUUAUAAAUAAAUUAUGUACAGGAAAACAUUCAUUAAGAUAUGAUGAAGUUUUUAAUGUUAGUCGCAUGAUUGAAUGUAAUGAAAUUGAAUUGUUAAAAGACAAAGUUUAUAGAAAUCAAUAUUUAACAGGUUUUGAAAAAUCAUUAUCAGAUUUAUUUUCAGCAAUUAAAGAUGAUAAAAAAUUCUAUAUAAGCUUUUUUAAAUUUUAUCCAAAGAUAUCAUUAUUCAGUAUUGAUUAUACUGUUGGAAAUAUUUUAAAAUCUGAUUGUAUUGGUGCAUUAAAAUCAUUAGUUGAAGAAAAUAAUUAUAAACCAACUACCGAUAAUUUUAUUCAAUCAAUUAAAGAUGGUAGUUAUAAAACAUUUAAAUAUAUGAUGAAUCUUUUUGAAAAUUCAAAUAAUAAUGAAAAUAAUAAUAAUAAUAAUAAAAAUAAUAGUAAUAAUAACAAUAAAAAUAGUAUAGAGAAAUUUAAAUUACCAUUCACAGAAAAUGAAUUUUGGAAAUCAAUAUUUGGAUACUGUUUUAUAAAACGUGCUAAAUUCAUUAACUUUAUGAUUAACAGAUACCAUAUAAAACCAGCAGCUGUGACACCACUUAGAUUUAAAAAAAUUUCAAAGUUUUGUCCAAUCCAAGAAUCAUUACUUAUUAAAGAUUUAAUAAAUAUAUGUGAAUCUAUGAUUCAUUUAAAAGUAAAACCAAAAGGUUUUUAUCAAAAUAUUAUUUUUAAAAAAUUAAAAAAGAAAGGUGAUAGUAAAAGUAAAAGUAAAAAUGAUAGUAGUAGUGAUAGUGAUAGCGAAAGUGAAAGUGAAAGUGAAAGUGAAAGUGAAAGUGAAAGUGAAAGUGAAAGCGAAAGCGAAAGUGAAAGUGAAAGUGAAAGUGAAAGUGAAAGUGAAAGUGAAAGUGAAAGUGAAAGUGAAAAUGAAAAAGAAAAAAAAGAAAAAAAAGAAAAAAAAGAUAAUGAUAGUAGCAGUGGUAAUAGUGAUAGUGAAAGUGAUAGUAGUGAAAGCGAAAGAGAAAAAGAAUUUAAAGAAACAAUUGAAUCAAUAACUAAAAUUGAAAGAAAUCAAAAGAUAUUUGAUUUUGUUUAUUAUCAAUAUAAUAGUGAUAAUAAAAAUAAAUUAAAAUCAAUUUUAAAAUUAUUAGGAUUGUUUUAUGGCCAUAGUUUUUUUGAAGGAAAUGAAUUUUAUUCAUUGUUAGCAGGUGAAAAAGUAAAUAUAUCACGUAAAACAAAACAUUCAGAUUUAUUAUUGCAUUCAUUUAGAUUUGGUGAUAUAGAAUUGUUUAAAGAAGUUUCAAGAUCAACUAUUUGUUCAACUAUUCGAAAUGUAAUUUUUGAAGAUAAAUCAUUUGUUGGAAAUAUACCAAUUCUCUUUCAAUUUCAAAAUAAAAAAGAAAAUCAAAUUCAAUUCAUUAAAGACAUUUGCAAAUAUCUUAAUAUUGUAACACUCCAAAAGAUAUAUGGAGAUAAUCAUAUUUACAUUUUCUUUGGGCAAGUUUUAUUAUAUGAUGAUUUAGAAUUGAUAGAAUUAGCAUAUAAUCAAUUAAAUAAACCAAUGUUAAAAAUUGAACAUAUGAAUGAAAUAGGAAUCACUGAAAUUUCAACCAAUUUUGGUGGUAAUCCAAGUUUUCAUACUGAAUUUCAUUUUAUUAGAUCAGAAAAAGUAUUGGAAUUUGUUUUUAAUAAUUGUUUAAAAAAUAAUAGUAAAGUAUUGCCAAUUACAGCAUUUAUUUAUAAUUGUAGAUUGGAUUUAGUUGAAAAGUAUAAAUCAUUAUUAUUAUCAGUACCAGCAGCACCACCAUCGCCAUUGCUUAAAAGAGAUAUAGUUUUCAAAGUACCACUUCCACCAAUAUUAAAUACUUGCCAAUUCAAUUCAAUGGGUUUAGUAUUGAAAACAUUUAUAGAUUUCCUUCAAUCACCUCUAUCAAAAGGUUGUGGUGAUAGUAAAGGUGUUGUUUACAAAAGUUCUCAUAUAGUUAGCUAUAAAGGCGUCAAUUCAGUAUUGGAUUUUACCUAUCUUUACUCUAUAACUCUAGAUAGAAAUUCUGGCAAUGGUAUACCCUUUCUACCAGGCAGAGGCAGUCUAAAUUAUUAUUUUGUAGUUGCAGUUCAAAGAUGGUUAUUCUACAACAGAAAUGUUUUACCAAAUAGUUAUAAUUUCACACUAUUCUCUGAAAAAUAUUGUUAUUUUGGUAUUGGUUAUUCUCAUGCUUCAAAAAAACCAAAAGAAAUUUUCAAUACUAUUGAAGAUACUGAAUGUAAAGGUUUCAUUAAUGAUUUUAUUAAAUUAGGUUUACCAAAUUUUCAUUCGGCUACAACUGAAACAACAACACCAACAACACCAACAACAACACCAACAACAACAACACCAACAAAAAAAACAACCAUAACUGGUAACAAUCCAGAUGUAAUUUUAAAUAAUGGCGAUAAAAUUUGUUUUGCAAAUUAUCUUAGAGGUUUAUUGGAAAAAGAAGCAACAAAGGGUCAUAUUAGAUUAUUUAAAGCUUUGGUUGAUAAUGGUUAUAAAUCAAUAUUUUCAAAAAGAUCAAAUGAUUCAAAAAGUAUUUUCGAUCAAAUUCAAUUACACGAAAUACUCUAUCGUGCUUUAAGAAAUAACCAUUUACAAUUAUCUCUUUAUCUUUUAGAGGAUUGUAAUAUUUCAAUCACUAAUACCCAAUUUUAUUCAAAUGUUUCUAAAAGAUUUGAAUAUUCUGCAACUUUUUAUGCUUUAAAAGAUUUAUUUAAAAAUAAUGAAAUAAUUUAA